AUGAAACACAAAACGGAAAUGGCGGAGCUUUGUGAGCUGCUUCCCAGCCAAGGCACCUUGAUCUGUUCUUUGAUGACAACGGGCACGGCUGCUGUCGAGGGUUUCUCAUCAGACUGGCGUUCCCGCUCAAAAUACCACAUGCACUGCUUGUGA